CAUUUUGAUAAAUGAUUCAUUACCCGUUAGGAUAAUGAAUGAAUAUGUAUUGUGGUCGCAUUCUAAAGAAUUUUACGCGUUUUGGGAAACGCAUAGAUAGCCUAUAUAUGUAAGAUAUUCUAGUUGGCCCUAAUGUUUGGCUACACAUCUAACACAUUAUCAGCCAAAGAUUAUUUCCUAACAAGACCACUAGGUGACGCUUGCAUUUAAAACCAUGCCAUUGUUACAUAGUUCAAGCAAGAUCGUUUUCUAUAGAAUUUGUAUUUGUCUAUGGUUUGUAGUACUACCAUAGAGCGUAUAUUUCAGUUCAGUGACUACAACACCACAGCAGGGUCAACUGGUACUAAAAAGGACACUGUCCUGUGAAGAACCAGCGCUUAGGCGGACCGCUCCCUAGGGGCGCGAUGAACCACCCCGCCAUGUCACAGUCUACCCCCCUGUUCCCGAACCUCGGUGCCUUGGCUGGCACACCAGCUGCUCUGCCAGCCUCCGACAUGGAGCUACAGAAGAUGCUUAUUGACGAGCGGAUGCGAUGCGAGCACCAUAAGACCAACUACCAGACCCUGAAGGCCGAGCACACCAGGUUGCAGACGGAGUUCACGCGGGCGCAUGACGAGCUGAAGCGGCUGCUGGUGGAUAAGCAGGCCAUUCAGGACAAGCACCAGCUGCUGCUGGCCGAGCUGCAGGGGGACCUGCUGGACAAAACCAGAGAGCUGGAGGAGCUCCGCACGCAGGUGCUUACUCCUCAGAAGUUGGAGCUGUUGCGAGCUCAAAUUCAGCAGGAGCUGGAGGUCCCUGUGAGGGAGCGCUUCAGCAAGCUGGAGGAGGAAACCGAAAAGUACAGGUCGGACUUCAACAAGCUGCGGUACGAAUACACCUUCCUGAAGUCGGAGUUUGACCACCAGAGGGAGGAGCACGCCCGCGUCCUGGAGGAGAGGAAGAUGCGCUUUGAUGCAGAGGUCUCCCGGCUGGAGAAGGAGAAGGAGGAGCUGAGCGGGCAGCUGCUGAGCUCGGACCCGGCGCGGGACGGCCGGCGCCUGGAGGUGCUGCUGCGGGACAAGGCCCAGCUGCUCCUGCGGCUCAAGGGCCUGGAGGGCGAGGUGGCCCAGCUCCGCGCGGAGAGGGACAGCUCCGGCGCCCAGGCCGAGAACGUGCAGCGGAUCCAGGUCCGCCAGCUGGCCGAGUCCCAGGCUGCGGUCAAGGCCCUGGAGGCAGAGAAGCAGUCGCUGCGGCUGCAGGCGGAGAGGCUGGAGAGCGAGCUGCGGCUCAGCCUGGAGCAGAGCACCACGCUGACCGGCCGGCUGCACAAGGCCGAGCGGCAGGUCAACCUGCUGACCAGUCAGGUGGAGCAGCUGAAGCACUCCCACAAGCUGGAGGUGGCCAACGUGAAGCUGGAGAGCGUGAGGGCCAGGGCGGAGGUGGGGAGGGAGCGGGACGCCCUGCAGAGUCAGCUGGAAGGGCUGCAGCUGGACGUGGAGGUGCUGAAGGAGGCGCUGGAGCGCAACAGGGAGCUCCUGGUGGAGAAGGAGCGGGAGGCGGUUCGCCGGGUGCAGGCGGCGCGAGAGGAGGAGUUCCACAAGAUGGCUGCCGUGCAGGAGGAGAAGCUGGAGCUGGAGAACCGCAUUUCCGAGCUGGAGCAGCAGAGGGCGCUGCAGGAGGCGGCGGGGAGCUCGCAGAAGGAGGAGUGGGAGGAGCGCCUCCGAGCCGCACAGCUGGGGGAGGAGACCGCCCGCAGGGAGGCGCAGAGCCUGAGGGUCAAAGUUCAGCAGCAGGGGCUGCAGCAGGAUGAGCUGAUGCGAGAGAAACAGGAGAAUGGAGAACUCAGACUGAGAAACCAGGAGAUGAGCGUGCAGCUGGGCACGCUGGGCCGCUCGGAGGCGGAGCUGCUGGAGGCCAAUCACAGGCUGCGCGAGAUGCUGGACCGACUGAAGGAGGAGCUGAGGACCGCUCGCAGCCAGGCCGAGAAGGCCCAACACGAAGCAGAGAGGGCGCUGGAGGAACGGCGUGUGGAGUGGCUGGAGGAGAAGCACAAGCUGCAGGAGAGGGACACUGAGCUGCAGGAGAAGUACAGCCAGGCCAAGGAGCGGCUGCAAAGAGCUGCGCUGGCGCAGAAGAAGAGGAAGACCAUGAACGAGCACCGAGAGAGGAAGCUCCAGGAUAAGAUUCAGCUGCUGGAGGCCAAGAUCGCAGAGCUGGAGCUGGAGACACAGGCAGCGAAGAAGCCCGCGCACGCGGAGGAGCGGGCCCACCUCCACCGGCGCCUGAAGGAGCUGCAGAGGAGGCACGGAGAGUUCCGCCGCCUCCUCCUGGGGUCCCAGCUGGCCUUCGGCCCCGCCCCCGGGGCUGACGCACCUUUUGGGGGCCUCCACGACGCAGAGCACCAGGAGCUGGCCGUGCUGCGGCGACGCCUGGAGGAGCUGGAGUCCAGCCAGCAGCAGCAGCUGGAGGAGCUGGGCCCCCCCCUGGACAGGGACCAGGAGCGGGACGUCCCAUCCCAGCUCUGACCUCGAACGCCCCCCCCCCUUCCCCCUCCCCCUCCCCCUGAGGAG